UAUGAUAUUCACAGAAUCUCACAAGUACUGCAAGCGAAAGAGUUCAGCCAUUAGGAGAACGCAGAGCUUAAAUUUAAUUUCCUCAUCAGAGAUGGAGCUGAAGCCGUACCUUUCUCUUUUAUUUUUUUGUGUCAUCCAUGAGGUCGGGUCUUUCAGUAAGUGGACAGCAAACAUCCCAUCAGUGAUCCCAGCCCUGCAGGGCUCCUGUGUGGUCAUUCCCUGCAGCUACUUUUACCCCAAACCCUCCACAAACUUACUGAUCAACAGGAGGAUAGGAUUAUGGAAAACAGGGACAAAGUUGGUCUCAUCCAAUAUGAAACUGAUGGUGAAUGCGGAGUACAAAAAACGAGCCCGUUUUUUGGGUAAUCUGCAAGAACGCAACUGCACCAUGCUGCUAGAUAGAGUCAGGAGCACUGACACUGACCCGUUUUACUUCAGCAUUAGAAUGCCUCAAUACAAAAGCUUCUCCUACACCAAUAACGCAGUGUCCAUCAAUGUCACACGCGUUCCACAGCCUCCGUCUAUGUCUGUGAAGGUGACUGAUAAGGUGCACGCCACCUGUUCAGUUUCUCACUCCUGCCCGUAUGUGCCCCCUGAUUUCUCCUGGAGUCGCGUCGGAACCACUAGACAUCAGUCAAAGAAGCUGAACAGCUGGAAGUGGGAAACGGUGUCGACUCUGAUCUUUCGCCCUGGGCCCGCUGACUUCAAGAAGCCUUUAAAUUGCACAGUGCACUACAGAGGAAGGAAGCAGUCGACAACCUCCACCAUGCUCCAGUAAUAUCCAAAGCCCAGGGUGUGAUCUGCGUAACGUCUCUCACUUUGUGGCAAAUUAAUUCAUAUCAUGCUAUAGUUGUACUUUAGACACAAGUGUUGCUAGUUGAAACAUAUAUACUGCAUAGUGGUGUUGUUUCAGAAACAUAAAGCAUUUUACUGCAUGUCAUUUAAAGCCUAGAAAUAUCAGCCCCUUCUGUAUAUGAUCAGUUAUCCAUCACUUUUCUGUUGUUUUAUUGGUCAUUAAUAUUUUUAUUUGAUGGUGUUUGAAUAUUUGUUGCUUCUGUUUUGUUUUCCCGUUUUUCUAAAGUGAUUCUGAGUGUUUGAUUCACAUUGAAAGCUAUAUAAACGUAUCCACUAUUGCAUGUUCACUAUAUUUGAAUGAGUGAAAACAUGGAGCAAUCUCAAUAAAUCUAGUCAUUAAAGGGAGCGCAUCAUAUGUAACUUGUUAUCAUUUACGUUCAGUCAGUGUGCCUUCAUGCACUCUUUUGUUUCAUGGUGAACCUCAAGAGCUUCGCGUGUUGCUGCAUCUUUAUCCUCUGAGGUUUUAGAUUUGCACUGAAGCUAUAGUGUGUGGUCGUUUUUAAAAUGUGAGAUAAUUUUAGAGAUUUUCUCCCUCAGUCAAGUGAGUGACCUUCUUCCUCUUUGCCUUCCU